AUGGCAGAACCACUAUCCAUCGCAGGAUCCACCGUUGGCAUUGUCUCAUUUGGCAUCACAGUAUGCAAAGACCUUGUUACCUUCGUCGAUCAUGUCAAAGAUGGAAAGAGCGAAAAGUCUCAGAUAUCGAGCCGAAUGGACCAACUGGCAAAUUGCCUUGGACAACUCCAGUCGGUUGUGGACGCAACCAAGAGCCCAGAUGAGGACAUAAUAUCCUGCGCUGACCCGGCAAUCAAUGCUUGCGCGACCGCCCUCGAGAGAGUACGGGAGAAGUUACCUUCCUCAAGCCAACAGAGUGGCAAGGGGAGCUUCUCCUCCUAUGUGAGAGAGUGGAAGACUAACCUCGCGUAUCCUUUCCGACGGGGCGAGCUAUUGUCUCUCAAAGAAAUGGUUGAAGGUUUCCAACAAAAUCUUCUCGUUGCCUCGGCAGCACUUCAAUUAGCUCAACAACAACGCAAUCAUGACCAUGUGAGCCUCGAGCUUGCCAGCAUCUCCCGCUUGAUGAUAGAAAAUGCAACAUCAAUACAAGAUGGUCACACAAAUCUACGAUCGGAUAUCGAGUCUAUUGGAGAUUCUUUCCAACCUGUUGCCGCCGAUAUGUGCGUCAUCAAGGAACAUAUGGCCCUGCUCGCCGGUUCCAUCACCCGGAUGGAAUCAAGAUUAACUGAUACUACUCCUGACACCUGUACACCUUCCAGCAUACGAAAGGAUGCACGUCGGCUGGACCAACUGCACCGUCGCCUUGCUUCGACAAAUUCGUCUGCCGUGAAUCGUCACGUAAAUAAAAUUUUACCCUGUCAAUGCAGACCCACAACUCAAUCAAGAACCCUCUACAGCUGGGAAAUGUGGAGUUUGCGGCCAUUCUACAUCGCUCAAGAGACUUCCUUUGAACAUGAGAAAGACUGUCUAUACUCGGCAUAUUCAGAAGCUCGGAAAAAUUUGCAACUACGUCUCUCAUUUUGUACUGCUCUUUUUAGAAGCAAAGUCCAAUUGAACAUUCAACUAUACUAUGGAGCUGGGAUGUUCGGUGUCAGCCUACCUUUACGGAUUCAUCGGAUUGUUCCAGAAUCCUCACCAGCCUUUUCACUAAUAUCCAACCUCCACAAUGACAUUAAGAUACCAUAUGUAGGGGAAGUCUACAUUAGCCGGCUGCGAGAAUUCUUCGAGAAGAGGGAUGCAAGCCCCCAUGAUCGACUCAAUGACGGGCAGACUUUAUUAAAUGCCUUAUGUAUGGAGGUCUGGAAAGUCUGGUUUCUCAGCCCAUACAGCGCAGUACUUCCUGGAGGCCGAACCUUGGGCGAAGCACCUAUUAUAGAUUUGAUACCUUUUUUGCUCAAAGUUAUGGGAGAUACAGCCCUCGAGCUCAGUGACCGUGGCAUAGGGUUAAUCCCGGCCACACCGUCGCACCAUGCCCUUAACACAGAGCUCUUUCAACCAGAAUAUUCACCUUACAGAGCGACAAUGAAGCAACUGAUUCAAUACGGAAUUUUUGAGGAAAACAGCUUCUGCAACGAUUUUGUGUUCUCGAUGUUGACCAAGUCGCUUAAAGGACUUCGAGAUGUGAUCAGUCGCAACCCAGACCUUUUUGACCAUACUUCGGGAUAUAGCUAUAAUGGUCUUGUGGCAAUGACGGCUCUUGGAUGGAGAGACGGUUGCCAAGUGCUGCUAGAAACUGGGGUCUCAUAUUCCGGCAAAGAUGAUGAUCUAGAGGAUCGUCUCGGUGAGUUACUGUACAAUGCUGUGCUGUCAGAGGAUACAAAUGUUGUACAAUUUUGGUUGGAAAAGAGACGUAUCCUAGAGCACCAAGGGUUAUCUCCCAACAGCAUCAUCGAAACGGUUUUAAGUCGUUCGAUUCCCAGUAUCAAUAUUCUUAUCAUCCUUGUUAAAGAAUUGGUGGAGCAACGUCGACGACUCAAAUCACUUGCGAAAAUCAACUUGAGAAACAAUAAAGAUUUCUUUAGGGAAGACAGGGAGCUCGACGCCAAUGCUCGGACUAUUUUCGAUGUGCUGGUGCAGCAGUGUGUGGACGUUACUACUUGCCUGCGCCCCGUAUUGCAAAGUGUUUAUCAUACCUUUCGUCCGCAUGUGGGAGUCGCGGAGCACCUUUAUAAGGCGGGAUUCCGUGACGUCAAAGCGUCAGAUUUUGACCAAAUCAGUGGCGCCAUUCCACCACUGAUGUGGAAUGCUGCUGCCAUUGAAGAAUAUUCUGAUGAAGAAUUUCCUGAUGCUUUCGCUAUCUGUGAAUGGCUCAUAUCGAAGGGAGCAGAGCUAACUGAGACUUGGCCAGAUUCGAAUACCUCUGCCUGGAAGUUGUUGAGCUAUCAAGCUGCUCGGUGGAUACUAAGAUCCUUGGGUCUUGAUUUGGACGAGUUCGAGAGAUUUAAUCCAACAUCGAAAGAAGCAAUCAUUUUACAGUUACUGAGCAAUGCCCACGUGGAUGGUUGCAUUUGUGCCUGCAGCCGCCAUGGUUGCUCUGCCUUGUCGUCCUUCAUCAGGGGCGCCAUCGAGCGAAAAUAUGGCUGGGUUGGCAAUCGAACCUUGAUUUUCAUAUUAGCAUCAUGGGUGGCACCCGUCGUACGAAGCCACCGCCGUCUCGCCACUGAUUUCCUUCGGGCUUUGACAUUCUGGCAGCUUGGCAUAAGACACAAGUGCUGCAAUAUUGCUCCUCUCGCCGAAGGAGAUGGCCCGUUUUCAGGAUUAAAAGGCCCGUAUUCAAGAUCGAAGAGAUGGUUACCAGGAUCGAGGAGCUGGUUAUUAGGAUCGAAGAGCUGGGUAUUAGGAUCAAAGGACCUCUAUGGUAGCUCUGUAGAGUUUACCCACGAAGUAUCACUUGCUCCGCGAUAUGACUCGGCCCAACUGGAAGAGAUUAUGGAAGAAGACCAGCAUCUCGUCGAUCGGUUAGAGGACUUGAUGACACUAUUCGAAGCUGCAUAUAACAGGCUGGACCAAGAUAUUCUAGACUUUGUCAUGGGCUUCUGGAGCGAGAGAAUGUUACAAGAGCUUCAGGAGCAAGCAAUGAUUGAUAUUCAAAAGUACGGUGAUGGUCGGAAGCAGCUUGGGAUUGGGCAAGUUAUAUUCGAUCCUUCGGAAACAGGCCUUAUUGGGAAAGUGGAUCUCGACGACAGGUUGGAGGAUUUUGGCAGGAACCUAAACCCAGGAUCCGUGACAUCGUACCUUGUGUUCCUACGCCGGACGAGCAGGAUCAAACCUCUAUCUGCGAGGAUGCUAGGGAGGAGAUAUCCGGAGAGCCAGCACCAGAGAGUCUGCAACCUACGGAAGAAGUAUGCAGACUCCUCAUGUGAUACCAAGAUAUCGAAGAGUGUUCGUGUCAGCUGUAUUUCGGCUUAUCUUUGGCACGAGGCUCAAUUUGCCACUAAACGCUCGCUUGCCCCGGCUAUUUGGCGUGGUUAUUUGCUUCGAUUCUCCACGAAACCUCUCAUCACUUCCUUUGUACGCUUUUCUGCGGUUUUGUACGCUCAUUUACGACCCGAUACGGCCUUCUACUCUACGGUGGGCGACGGUGGCAAUGGUAUAGCUAUCGACAGCGACGUUAUUUGGGUACAAAUAUGCUCUUUUUGUCCAUAG